UGACACAGCUGGACCGCGGCACAUUUUUUUGACAGCGGAAAUGAGGAGUCGCCACUUUUUUCCGCGUCAAGUUCGUGGCUGAAAGUUUUCUUUCCUCUUUUUUGUUUUUUUUUGCAGAGGAGCCGUCGCGUGCACUCACAAUGAGAGAGAAAGCGACGGACUUUUUAACGUGCAGCUUUUCAUCUGAUGUCCAGUUUCCUGUUGCUCCUCACCGACGUCGUUUUAAGUUACUUAGAUGCUUCUCAACACAUUUCCGUUAUGCGAAGUCCAACUUGUUGGUUAGUCGUCGUGCUGCGGUGGGUGCCCAUCCGAGAUAACGGAGAACUGAUUCUCAGCCGGUGUGGUUACUGCAAUGAAUGGUAACACUAUCCAUCCAGCCAACACCACCGCAACAGCAGGAGGAGGCCCAGGCGUGGCAGCGCCCCCAAGAGGCUGGAGGGAAUUCUGUGAGCUGCACGCCAUCGCCACAGCCCGGCAGCUGGCCGGACACUACCGGAGCUUCGCCAGAGAGCGGCCACAACAUGACGUGCUCCCACCGGAGAGCUUCUCCAAGCAGUUCAGUGACCUCUUCCAGCAGCACUUCUGCUGCGAGGUUAACAAAGAUGGCACUCCGCUCGGCCAGAACACGUCCUCCACCGCCACCGGUAAUGCCUCCUCCACCACUUCAGUGGCCCCUCCCCUUCCAUCGCAGGCUGUGAUUGGUCGAUUGCGGAUCACGUCGCUGUCCGGGGUGCAGGACUAUCGGGAGGCGGGCCGGCCAAGUGGAGGAGCUGCUCUGUUUACUGUGGUGUCGCCCAAAGUGGAGCCGGUGGUGGUGAGUCGGGAACAGGAGCAGCCGCUGCGAUGCGCCGCAGGAAGUUCCUUAUCAGGAAACCCCGUGGCGCUCAGAGGGUCGACUCGUAGCGUGGGCAGCGGGUCCUUGCUGAUUCGCAGCCGAAGCAACGAGGACAUCUCUGGCACUGAUCGUCGUCAGGUAUCUGAACGGUACUCCUCUGACUCCUCAACCUCCAACCCUGCACAUGCUGACGUCACACAUUUCUCUGUCAGUCAGAUCCGGCAGACCGUUAGACGGCUUCUCAAAAAACAGCCCAGCCCCCCCUCAUCCCCGGACCUGAACCCUAGCAGCCCCAACCCCAUCGCCAUUAACAACAGUCCCCCAAAUAAUGGUGACAGAGUGGGUGAGGAAGUGUCAUCCUCCUCCUCUUCCUCCCACUCUUCUUCUUGUCUGAACUCUGAAGCCACGCCCCCAGCCUCUUCACACACGUCCAUGUCUGGAGUAGCCUGUCACUUCCUGGAUCGCUUCCGUUGGUUACGCGGCGGAAGCAUGAGGCAGAGGAGGUCAGAGGUGAGCGGCUGCUGUAAAGAGGGCCAACUGAGGUACUUGCUGGUGGAUGACACUAUCUUAGACACUCAACCUCGCUGGCAACGUUGCCACCUGCUGGUCAGGAGGAUCAGGGACACUCAAGUUGGAGGAGGAGGACGAGGAAGAGGAGGAGGGGAGAGGUACCAGUUGGAGCUCUAUGAUCCUCCAAAGGCCUCCAGUCCCAAGCUGACGACGCACUGCUCAGAUAUCCAAGAAGUCCGUCGUUGCAACAGGCUGGAGAUGCCUGACAACUUAAACACAUUUGUUUUAAAGGUUAAUCGAGGUAGUCUGAUAUUUGAGACUGACAAUGACCAGCAGGUCAGCUCCUGGACCACAGAGCUAAAGGAAUGUAUCAGCAACAGGUCAGGCAGUGUGGAUCUGGAGCCUCUCCCCUCCCCAGCUGACAGCUCCGCUCCGGCCAAUCACAGAGGGAGCUCAGAGUUGGGAAGUCAUAGCCCUGUCACCUUUGCCCUGCCCGAGCCGGUUGUCCAGAAGGCCGAUCACUUCCUGUUCUCCUACCCCUGGUUCCACGGGCCCAUCUCCCGCGUCAAGGCCGCUCACCUGGUCCAGAGCUCUGGACCGGAGGGACAUGGAGUGUUUCUGGUUCGACAGAGCGAGACACGAAAAGGAGACUAUGUCCUCACGUUUAACUACCAGGGAAAAGCAAAGCACCUGCGCCUCUCACUAACAGAAUGGGGUCAGUGCAGGGUGCAGCACCUGCGCUUUCCCUCUGUUAUGGACAUGCUCAGUCACUUCCGCCUCUUCCCCAUCCCUCUGGAGUGCGGAGCCGCCGGUGCCGUCACUCUGUCCAGCUUCGUAGUGGCGGGCUCUAGUCCUCCAUCACAAGGUCAGCUCUCAGGCGCUCUUCUCGUCCCCUUCUCCCUCCAUCGGUGGAGCUCUGAGCCCAGCUUGGCUCACUGCAGCCUGGCUCGCAGCUCCAGUCAGCCCCGUACCUCCUGCUCCUCCAGCACCAGCACCACUUCCAGCCCCAGCUCCGGUUCCCAGCCAGGAAGACGCGCAUCCCCUCGCACCAACCCCGUCCCUGACCCUCCUCCGUCAGCCCCCCUCCCUCUUCGUCGGAGUGAGUCAGUGGGGAGGAGACCACUGCUGCGCCACCCCAGCCCCCACAUCCCUCAGCGGGACUCAGACUAUGAGCUGGAGCCUGACCGAGGUCGCAAGCGGGCGAUAGAUAACCAGUACAUGUUGCUCUGACAGGCCAAGUCCAACACCUCCAUCACCUGUGAAGCAGACAUGUUCAUUCACACAUCACACACACAUUUUGCUACCCCCACCCAGCUUCCCUUGUGUGUGUAUGUGUGUAAGAGCGUGCACAAUGCUAACGUGAUUUAACAGACUCAUGAACUUGAGCGAAGUCUUCAUCUGAUGUCAAAACAUACACACACACUCACUAUGUCUGAGCUGGGAGUGUGUUUACCAGCAUCAGACCCUCACAACCUCCACCCCGAGUGUCCACAGUGAAUGUAUUUUUGGGAGUUUUCUAACAGUGUUGAGUAUGAUGAUUAUUCGCGUUUUAUUGAUGUUGAGGUUCUGUGUGAGAGGGGGAGAGCCACGUGUGUAGCUGUCCUCGUGAAAAAAAUAUUUUUUAGAAAUGUUCUAUUCUUUGUGAAUUUAAAGAGGUUCGCUUGAUUAAACUUCUGUGGCACUUAACCUGAACUGAUGAGAAGGAACUGCCAGCAAAAAUCAAGCGCUAAAAUAUUUAAAAGACUUCACACAGACCUUUGUGUGGAGUAAAAUCCUACCUUUUUAUACAAACACUCUUAUUUUAUUAGAUAUUCCUCCUCUUGCGCAUUAUUAUAUAUUUAAGUGCACAACGCUUUCAGUGCACUUUGGAAACAAUGUGUAUUUUUCUGUACACAGAUUCUUUUGUAGAAAAUAUUUAAAAUAAAGUAAAAAAAGAAAAAACUUGGUUAAAGUCAGUUUGGGAAGCUGACUUUAUAACUAUAAAGUGAUCUGCUUCCUCCACUCAAACCUUCACUGAAACAAAGACAGAGAACCACAGGAAUUAUUCUGGAUCAGCUUUAAUCAGCUCUGUUCUUAUCUAAAGCAAUGAGAACUUGUUUGUGUCUGAACGUGUCUGUUACGGUGUGUGUAUGAGAUGACUGGAGAAAAUAAGCAUCAUAUGUGCUGAUCUCAGUCUGCUACAAUUCUCACAGUUUGUGUCCCAGUACACACUGCAAAGUUUUCCUAAAUCAGCACCAAGCAUAUUUGUAGUGUCACAUGUUGCACUUCAAGCACCAAAGGCUUUAUGUGAACAAAAUUAACUUCUGAGUGUCACAUGGUCUCACAGAAACAAGUCCUGCCACAAAAGUUAGAGAAAAUGGAAUGAUAUAAGUACAAUUAUUAUAAUUUUUUGCUUUUCUGUAAUAAUACCCAUCGAUCCUGAACAAUGGAUAGGUGUUAUUACCAUAUUUCUUUGUAACACUUUGUAUCACAUUUUUUUAUUAUUAUUUACAGCCUAGGCAGAAGAGCCACCAUCCACCAAUGUAUUUUGUGGCACAAUACACUUCCCACAAGUACUUAAAACUAAUUUGAUUCAAAGUGUUACAAAUUAGUGAUGAAACAUUAAUUGUAUUGUCCUUUUUAUUGAAUUUUAUUGAUUUUUAGGGCUAAAAAGUACUCUUUGUCACCUAAAUGAGCCUUGGCACUCCCAGAGUAAAUUUUGUACGCAUCAAGCAAAAAAAGGAGCUCCAAAGAAUACUUUAAUGGCUUCACUCCAAAGAGCGUGAGAGGAGGAAGCACACCAUUUACACACCAAAACAAAGAACUGCUUGCUCUGUAUAUCAGACCGUGGAUCAAAAAUGUGUCAGUGCCUUUUAGAGAACAGGGAAGAAAAGCAGAAUAAACAGAAAGGCAAUCCAGGCACACAGAAAUGUAUGAGAAAUUAUCAAACCAGGAAGAAAAAUAUUAAAAAGGCUUUAUUACAGGGUUUAUACCACAUUUUUUUAAAGCUCUGGCAAAGACCUACAGUGCCUGGAUCGCCUUCCUGUUUAUACAUCAAAGGACGAAUUGAAUCUUCAACAGCCAAAAUGAGUCAAAGCGAUGGAAACUUCAAUCCUCGUUUAAAAUGUUUAAUAAUCUAAUGUUAAACUCCUAAAGGGCUCUAAAAAAGCAAUUCCUGUGAGACAGAGUGACACUGAAGUGCCUCUGUAGAUAUUAACAUUUAUUUUCUUACUUCUUCAGGCAAACUUGGAUUCUUGGUGUUCCGUUAAGUCUCCAUAUUUUUUACACUCAGCAUUAAAUAUUUUUCUUAGUAUUUUCUGUGCAAUUUCAAAACAGCAGCCAAUAGAAAAAAAACAGAGGAUGAAAAUAAUAUAUUUUUACACUAUACAUUCGUUUUAGUGAGGAAGGUUUGGUUUCAGUCGGCUCAGGUCUAGAUUUUGUCGUCAAGAGCUGAAACAAAACAUUUGGAAGUUAUAUACAUCCAAAACUGAAGCCUUUACCAAAGGUAGUUUUUUUAUCUAGUGAACAGUUUGUUCUGUGUGUUUAUGUCCUCAAAAAGCACACACCUCAUCUCUCCUCACAGAAAAAACAGGAUAUCCCAUAAACAGUGAGCGGUCGUCUGCAGAAAAGAUGACAUUUUCUGUAAUUUAGUUUCAAUAACUGAAGCUUCACUUCUGUUAGCGCCAAAUGUCUUCGGGAAAUAGUUUGCUAGGACUUGUCUGUCUUCUAACCUUGCUUUAACACUAACUUUAGCAGUUGAUUAAGAUUUAGUAAACCUUUGCUUAAUGUUUGGUUUAGAACUGAUUCUGUCUCUCUGCCCUUUUUCUCAUUAUAGUUUCCUGUUUUUUUAUAAGAGAAAUGCAACUUACUUUCCUCAUUAACAUUGACCAGAGUAAUUCUGCAAUAAGUCAGCUUUGUCAAUUUUUUUUUUUUUUACAAUGGUUGCCGUUCUCUUUAAUGUAUCAUCAUGAUCAAGACUGACAUCUUUAAAGUGUUUAGAAGGGGAACAAAAACAAGGAUGUUUUUGGCAAAAGUACGGUUGGUCUUCCUGCCUUUAUGUGCCCGAGUCUUAACAAAUCCCUCAUCACUUCUGUUUUAUUUCUGCUGAAGGAAAGCAACGGUAACAAUAACUAUUUUGACUAUCAGUCCCCUAUCUUUGCUGAUUUGUUUUUAUUUUUUAGGGAGAAUGACUGUGCCUUUGCCAGAAAGCUGCUGUUGCUUUUCCCUUUUCGAAAGCUCAGGGUGUGAUGUGGUGCAGAACUUGUGUAGUGCAAUAUCAGAGAUGCCCAGUGCCUCACAUCUUCUUACGUAUGAAAGAAGCCAUUGGAGGCUUCUAGAUGGAUGAAUUAGGUGAGAAUUCAAUGUUUGCACCUGCUCUUAGACUGAAGAAAAAUAUUUGAUAAAUAAGAAAAAAAUGCUAGGUUUCAAAUCAGUGCUGCCACAUUUUCCUACUGUUUAUGGCUUUUCAUUUUGUAUCAUGGUUCAAUUCAAUUUGUCUGCAAGGAUCGAGUUAACACUUCGGAAAAUCCCUGUGUACCUCAGGUGUCUUUGAUCCUCAAUAUCCGCUCCAGCUACACCUUUAGUCUCGCCCCGUAUGUUUGUUAAAAUGUCCAGCUGUGUUCCAAUGUGUUCUCAAUACUGUUCAUCCUGUUUGUUAAAUUAGCACUGUAAACAUUCCAGUUCAACCCCACGUCCCAUCAGCCAAUGAAAAACCCCCACAACAGCUCUAAAAUCUGUCAUUGUGUUUGCAUCCCUUUCAGUUAUUAGCAUUUAAAUUAUAUUAUAUAUAUAU